AUGGCGGCAGCAAACUAUGCAUCGGCCGCCAAGAAGAUUGCGAGCACAUGGCCGCACAUUGAGCAUGUGCCAUGUACCACGCAUGUCCUGGACCUGAUGAUGGAAGAUAUGGGCAAAAUGGGAUGGGCGAAGGGGCUUGUGGAGAAAGGAGGGGAGAUGAUUACCUUCGUGCGCAACCACCACUUUACCCGUGCCUAUAUGAAGAAAGUGGGGGGGAAGCAGGUGCUCAAGCCUGCGGGAACCAGGUUCGGGACACAAUACAUAGCCAUGGCCCGGCUAUGUGAGGUGAGGAGUGGGCUGGCGGCGAUGGUGCUCAGCGACGAGUGGAAGGUGUGGGCAGCGGCGGACAAGGAUAGGAAGACAGCAGCUGAGAAAUUCAGGGCUGCUGUGAUGGAUGAGGAGUGGUGGGGGGUGGCGGAGUUCUUUACCUCUCUCAUGGCGGUGCCAUUCAAGGCCAUGCGGGCCACGGACUCUUCCGCGAAAGGCAUGAUGGGUAAGCUGUAUAACAUCAUGCUACAGCUUACCGAGGACAUCAAUGACAAGCUCGACGCUUCAAGUGACUUCUUGACUCGGACAGAGAGGGCAGACAUCACCAAGAUUGUGAAGGACCAGGUGGGACAACUCCCUUGCCUGCCCCAUGCAUGUGGUUGGCCGGAUCCUGAAUCCGGCCAACCAGGAGUAGGGAAUUUCAGGAACGAUGUGGAGUGCACGCGGGUGUUCAAGGACUACAUCGAGCGCCACUAUGACAACAAGACCUUCAAGCGUGGCAAGGAUGGCGCCCCUCGCCGCGCCUCCCUUGUGCUGCAGGAGGCAUUGCUGACCUACAUCAACAUGGAGGGCAGCUUUGGCAAGCCGGGCGCCAUUUCUGCAAGGGAGGCAGUGAAGAAGGGGGAGAUGAGCAUGUGCCCGUCUUGGCUUCCCCAUGCGAGCGUGGCUGGGCGCAGUGGGAAGGCGUCCCACACCGCCCGCCGCAACCGGCUCGGGUCCGCCAAGUGUGCGGACCUCGUCUACAUUGCGCACAACUGGAACGUUGUUGCGCAAUUGGUACAAGCAAGGAUGGGGGCAGCACGGUUGUGCCCGGUAACAUCCCGGAUGCCCCUAUCCCCCCCGGCUAUAACAUGGAUGAGGAGGGAGGAUGACAUGCUGGGGGAGGAAGGAGAGGAAUGCAGUGCUGGUGUAUGA